AUUUAUGUGUAGGUUUUUUUCUGCUUCUCUCAUGAAGCGCCCAAUUUUUUUUUGGUUGCUCCCUUUUCAAUUUCUCACUGCACUUUUGUUUUAUUUCUUUCAAUUGCAUUUGACUCAAUUUGCGUUCUGCUACAAGGUGCGAUAUAUUUCUCUCUUUUUUUGAAACACACAACCACAGUCACAAACAAUGGACUUUAAACCGCUGGGAGUAGCACGGGCAGCACGCAACGCCGGGUACUGGAAAAAGUUCCAGUCGCCGGUACUGAUCAAGGAGUACGGCAUGGUGACAUCGCUUGAGUUUAGCCCGAUCAAGCCGCACGAUCUGGUGGUGACUGCGUCGACGCGGCUUCAGAUGUACAGCGGACGCACGGGGCAGCUGAAAAAGUCAAUCACGCGCGGAUCGUUCCGCUCCGACGGCAAGCUGCUGGUAGCUGGUGACGAUUCCAACCUGGUGCAGGUAUUUGAUGUCAACAGCCGCGCGAUCCUGCGGACAUUCAAGGGCCAUACGGAUCCGGUACAUGUGACCGGAUCAGACGAUGCUACGGUGCGUAUUUGGGAUAUUGCCAGCCAGACAGCCGUGGCGACAUUUGAGGACCAUACCGACUAUGUGCGCAGUGGAUGUGUGUUUGCCGAAAACCCCAAUCUGGUGGCCACCGGGUCGUACGACCACACGGUGCGGAUCUGGGACGUACGCGCGAAUCGGUGCGCCGUCCAGAUCGAUAUUGAGGAUCCGGUGGAAGCCGUGGUGGCGCUGGCAGGAUCCGGCGUGCUGGCCGUUGCCGCUGUUGACAUCACGAUGGGCGGGCGACCGCUGGUCAGCAUGGGUAAUCACGAGAAGACUGUGACGUCGCUGUGCCUGGACAACAGCGGCGGACGGCUGCUGGCAGGCUCCCUGGACCAUCACGUCAAGGUGUACGACGUGCAGACAUUCAAGAUGACGUACAGCGCCAACUACCCGGCACCAGUGCUCAGCGUGGCCCUGUCUCCCGACAACACGCUGUUGGCCGUCGGUAUGGCCUCAGGCGUGUUCUCACUGCGUCGCCGCACCGUGUCUGCCAAGGAGCAGGCAUCUGUUCAGGUGGAGAAGGCCCGCCCGUACUACGCCUCCCGUGCCUACUUCAUGCGUGGUGCCUCCAACAAGGGCGCCGACGAUGAUCUGCGCAUCGAACACAAGCGCCAUCGCAGCCUGGCUGACUAUGACAAAUUCCUGCGCAAGUUCGAGUACGCUCGUGCGCUCGACGCUGUCCUAGCCAACAACCGCACGGGUCUGACUGUUGUGUCGCUGUUGCAGGAACUGGUGCACCGCGACGGCCUGGGCACCGCGCUAUCGGGCCGCGAUGAGCUGUCGCUGGAUCCUAUUCUGCGCUUUGUUAUCAAGUUCAUCGACAACCCGCGCUACACGCAGCUACUCGUCAGGGUCGCCGAGGUACUUCUGGACAUCUACGGCCAGCUGCUGCACCAGUCUGCGCGUAUUGCCGAUCUCCUCAUGCGCCUGCGGUCCAAGGUGCGUGUCGAGCUGCGCGUGCAGCAGGACCUUACCAUGCUGCUGGGCUCGAUGGAUAUGCUUAUGUCGGCCUGCGAAGUCAGCCAUUCCAGAGCUGCCUACUUGCCCGAGGACGACGGCGACUUGGCUUCCGCCACUGCCACUGCCCUGUGAGUGUAAAUGGGGGAGGAAGUGGCAAUGCAAAAAAAUUAAAGACCCUGCCGCUGUCCUAGUUAACUUUCUUUCUUUCUUUCCAGUUUAUCUGAUCUGAUUUUAAACAUAUUGCCUGUCGAC